AUGGAGCCCAAUGAGAUUAUCUUUGGGGAAGGAUUCUUUGAAAAUCUUUCCUUUUAUAGAAACUAUGUACAAGAGAGAAAUCAAGGAGAUAUCCCUGAUGAGCCACAGCCCCAACUACCUACGGUUUUUGAACAGCCUGAGAGUAGAGUUGUAGCCUCCAAGAGCGACCAUGAAAAGAGAGAUGAAGAGAUUCAGAAAUUGACACAAGAAGUUAUCCCUAUGAGAAAUCAACUAUCUAAUCUUCAUAGUGAAUACUCUACCCUUGUAGAGAAUAGUAUCAAGGAGCUUAAGAAUGCCAAUCGUUCUGAUGAAUUGAACUAUGUCGAUAAUGCUUUAUGUUCAAACCAGUACUCUUCUUUGGUAGAAUGAGUUAAGGAAUCUUCCAAUAAUAAAGAACUUGAGAGAGGGAAGAUAUCAAACACUGGAUAUAUGGUUCACAAAUUUUGCCUCAGUGAACGCCUCUCUUUCAGACAAUGAGUGCAAAGGAAUCCUAACAAUAUCGAUGAUGAACUUGUUCAGGAGGCAAAGAUUAGUUUACUCCACCGUUUAACAAGAGGAGAUAAAUCAAUUGAAUAAUGAAACCAAUAUCAAGUAA